AUGCGGCCUUUGGCAGAGGUGGCCUAUGUGGCACAGAAUCCGGAGUUCCCGGCUCAUCAGUAUGAUGUCACCUGCUGCUGCGACUCCUUGUGCUGUUCCUCCAAGCUCUUGGAAUUGGCCCCGGAUGAAGCCGUCUUGACCACGCGGCAACACCUCACAGGCAGCGUCAUCACAAGCAGAGUUCCGUAUGGAAACAUUCAGUCAGUGGACGCGAUGCAGUCCUGUGGAUGCUGCGUGGCUCUGGAAGCCGGGGAGCUGACGAAACCGCCGGGACGUGCGGAGCACAUGCCGAUUCAACCCGGCUUCGGCUGUGAUCGAGCCUUGGUGGACACCAUUCGUGAGGAUAUGCAGGCCAGGGUGGAUGUGCGUGGCAACGUGGGGCAGAUCAAACAGUUAGAGAAGAUGAUGGCCAAGUUCGGUGACUUUGCGACGGAGAUCCCCCUGAUGCUUGACAAAGUUGGAGCCGAUACCUCGUACCCGCCCUCGCAGCAGACCAUGAGCGCCGUCUACGGCGAGCAGGGGCCUGAAAUUCAACCGCCCAGCAGUUUGCCGCAUGAGGUGCCCAGUCAAACCUUUCAGAGUCGACACUUCAACGUGCGCAACGAGUUUCUGAACUGCUGCUGCCUGGCGGUGACCUGUGGUCUGGCUGGCUGCACCACGCGCGAAAUCAACUUGGAGUCUGAGCAGAUGGUCACAACCUCCCGCAACAACUGCUGUAGCUCCAUCGACCGCAAGCCCUAUGCACAGCUUCGAGCAGUGGAUGAGGAGAUCGUGUGCUGCUGCUGUCACAUGGUGAACGGCAUGGUUCCGGGCUGGUGCGGCGAUACGGACCGUGUCCGCGACAUUGCCCAAGAACUCCAAGCGCGGAAGGUGGGCCGCGGGAACAUCGCACAGCUGCGAAACCAGGAAAACACCAUGAUCAAGGCUUUAGAAGCCGACAUCCGCAUGGACAUCCUGCUGAAGAACCAAGGGGUCGCUUAUCCUCCUUCGCAGGAAACCAUGCAAGCCGUGUAUGGACCAAACCCACCCCAAUUGCCGAGUGCAGGAGCUCAACGAGGAGAGGCAAUGCAUUUGAGUGCAUCAGAGCAAAUGCCACAGAGAAGCUUCAACAUCACGAAUGCCUGCGACUUUGUGUGUUGUUGCUGCAUGACCACCAACCUGGAACUCAAUGAUGAAGAGGCGAUCUUCCGCCAGAAGAGCUGUUGUUUGAAGUCCGUGCGGCGCGAGCCCUAUGCACAGUUGGGCUCCGUAGAGCCCGCGCGGCUUUGCUUCGGAGCCUGUGUGAACGUUCACACCGAUCAGAACAUGGUGUGUCCGGGCUGCGGUUGCAAUCAGCGGUUGACACAAGAGAUCUCCGAUGAAUUGCAGCAUCGCAAAGUGAAGCGUGGAAACAUUGCACAGAUUCGGCAGCAGGAAAAUCUCAUGCUCGAGAUCAUCAAGCUGGGUACAAAAGCCGACCUUUUAUCUCAUAAACUCUCUGUGCCAUUCCCACCUCCUCAAGAGAUGAUGCAGUCUACCUUUGGUGGUCAAGGCCAGGUUUGUCGUUUUUCCUCGGAUCCGCACCACAGAAGGACCAGUCAGCCAAGCAGCUUGGUGGUGACCGACUCUACGAGCCGAGGUGUGCCAAUGCCAGGCGAGCUGGCCGACCAGAUCAUGACGGUCACAGUUCCCUUCGGCUUAAGAGUGGCUUGGGGCUGCAUGAGAGAUAAACAUGCUGUCAGCCCUAUUACCUGGAACAGUUAG